UGGUUGCGGUUGUAUUGUCAGUUAAUUAAAAGUAAAACUAUGGUAGCAGAUGAAGACUUCUUGUUCCAGAAUCUUCAGUGCUCGGCAAUAUGUCUUGCAAAGAUGGACAACGUGCCGUUGGAGAAAGUGCUGGAAACAUUACUUGAUGGUGUAGACGAAAGUGAAAAGCCAUUGAAUCAUAAUGUUCGAACAAAAUUAAUCGCAUGUGGAAUUUAUUUGUUAUAUGCUAAUGGACGACACUUGACUGAUUUGAUUCCUGUUCUUCUAAAAGUGUACAGUCGUUUACCCCAUUUAAAAUGGAUCGAUGAUGGUGUUCCAAAUAGACAAGAUAAAAUACCAAUUCAAGAACAGUUUGCAUUAUGCAUCAAUACCAUUCUUAGUGAGCUUGCUGCAAAUUAUGAGGACGUACGUGAUUUAAUUAUAUCAACACAAAUUGAACUACUUGCUGUUAUUUCCAAUAUUAUUGUUGAUAUUUGUGAUCAAGUUGAACCUCUGUUCCAAACGAAAUGUUAUAUGAUACGAGUUGUUUGUUUAAUGAUGGGAUUGCUUCGGGCAUUUGGACGUUAUAGUCAUAGUAAAGAUUAUCCUCUUAUUUCGGCGAUGUAUCCCGUUCCAUUCACAGUUUCCAAACCUGAUAGUGUAAAUACUGCAGAAACUUGUAGUAGAAAAGGAAUAUUUCGAUUGACGACUGACUCCGAGAACCUGUUUUGGAAUGAUGGCAGCAGUACUGAAAAACAAAAUCAGCUGGAACGUUUCAAAAAGAUGUUUUCUAAGUAUGCGAGCAGUUUCAUGUUACCAGUCUCCAAAAUUGAUGAUGACGAUACUCCACCGAGAUUCAAGUUCACUAUUGCUGAGCUAAAUUCUUUGUCAGAUAUUAUGGAGCGCCUGCUAAGAAAACCGCUAUUGGAUAUUAUGGACACAUAUGCUGUUGAUAUUUAUAUGGCCGGACAAAUCAAACGUUCACCUUAUAAGACCAUAUCAGAAUGUCUUUCUCUCGUUUUUUUAACAGCUGCGAAAGAUGCUUAUUCACCCUAUGAUAUGUUAAAGCCUGAAAAGUCUCUGCCACAAAAAUUGGCAUGUGAGGUGAAGACUUUUGCUACAGAACUGUAUUCAAAGGGAGAAAAUUUUUUAAUUACUCAAAAGUCGAACGAAGAUGAUAAAAAAUCGCGUUCUUCUUUACUAAUCAGUCGGUCAAAAAUGAAUGUUCUUUGCAGUUCAGUGUGUCUUGAACUUAUGGUUUGGGCUACAUAUGAUGAAAUCGAUGCGGAAUCACUCCAUGCCAGAAUAGCAGAUCGAUUAUGGCAUGGUCAUGGACAUCGUCAGUCAUUAGCAAAGAUACCUUUAAUGAUGAUGGCUUUGAAUGCACUUGGCUUACUUGCUGUUAAAUUUCCAACUAUCGCUGCAACUCUAACAAUUAACAAUCUCAGCCAGUUUUUGGUUGAGCCUUCUCCAAUUCUUUCGAAAUUUGCUGUCGAUCUAGGUGCUAUGGAAAGGCGUGUUUUCGGUGAAGGAGAUCGUAAAGAUGAAGAAAUGGCAAGAAAAAAAUUGAUUUUUGAAAAUUUGAGGAAAGUGGCAAUAAAAUCUCUCUGCAGGCAUUUGUUUGUAAUUGCCAAUAAAGACUCAAAUUAUGAAUCGGCGCUUGCCUUAGAAAAUGCAGUGCGCAUUAUUGGUGGUAUUGGCUCUGCAUUAGUUGAUGUCAAAAAUGUUCCUCAACUUGCUUUUAAUGUUUUUCAACAAGCAUUCAAGGAAACUUCAACUAAUCACGAUCUUAUCGUUGCGGAAUUGGCUAAUAUGUGGAUAGCUGGCGCGCGUGACAUAUAUGAUGUAAUUUGGCUGCUCUUUACGAAAAUAACGAUCGAAUCAAGUAGUCGAGCUUAUUCUACUGAAGCGACAGAGAGUACGGAGCAUCGUUAUGCAUAUUUAUCUUUGGCCGUUGAUAAUGCAAUGGCCAGUAUAGCGGACAAUGUAAAUAACGAUGAUGACAAAAUGACACUUUUAUAUCGUUUUUUGGAGCUUUUUGUGCAAUUAGGGCAUGAAGGAAGGAAAGCAGGCGAAAAACUGGCAAAAGUUAUGAAGCUUUCCACUGGUGCAGGUAAUUUGGGUGUUUUAAUUCCAAAAAUAGCUUCGUUACUUCAUAGAUCAGCGACGAUACAUAAUCCUCCAGUUCGGCUACGCAAUUUGUUUCGUGACUUUUGGUUUUAUUGUACACUCUUGGGCUUUAAUGUUGCGCGAAUAGGUCUAUGGCCAGAAGAAUGGUAUGAAGCUGCCUGCGAAAUCGCUUGUAAGUCACCUGUACUGACUCCUCAAGAAAGUCUACGUGCCGAACUUGCUGCCAAUGCUACGGUCAAAAAUAACGAUGUUAUAUCGGCGGAAUUGCAAGAGAUAAGAGCUACAAUCUUGUCGGAAAUCUCUUCUGCUCCUGAAAUUGCAGUGGUUGUUAAUAAGUUGGAAUUCGCUCAUUGUAUUUAUCUUUUAUCAGUUUUUCGCAUGGAGUUUAUGCGAGCUUUGCAUUCUGAAGAACCUGGCGCAGUUCAUUCAAUAUUUCAGUAUCUAGAGGAUAAAUCGAUAAGAAAAGACAAAGAUGGGAUCUGGACCUGUCUUUUGACAGCUGCAAGAACUAUAUUUAGCAAGUACUUGAAAGUUACUAGUGAUCGAAGUCUAGAUUCAGCUCGCGAACGGCAGCUUGAACUUCAUGCACAGUUUUUGUUGGUCAUGUUCAAUCAUCAUCUCAAAGAAGUAAGAAAGUGCGCUGAUACCUGCCUUACCAAUUUAAUUGGAAGCUUUCCACAUUUACUUUGGAAUGGAAACGUUAUAAAUGUUGUAUUGCAAGUGCUAGAAACGCUUUCAUACAAUUUAGAAAGUGAUGUAGAUUGCAAAAAAAUGUUUUUAACAUUUCCUUCUUUACAGUGGACUUUGCAACUGCAGGAUACCUUGGACCAACGAAAAUUAGUAGUUCAAGACUUUUCUUUGCGUUGUGAGCAAAUUCUUCAAGAAGCAAUUAAAUGGGCACCUGGUAGUACUCGCAGUUAUUUAGUUAAAUAUAUUGGGAAUACCAGUUCUGUUUAUAAUGAUAGCUUUCGCUUGACUGUAGAAGCUGUAUUGAAAGGUCUAAACGAUAUGCCUAACAGUUCAAUGGAUACCUGUCCGUCAUUCUAUCUUUCAUCUCUCUGUCUGAGAUCCUUGUAUCUUGGUAAGGUGAAAGGAAUGAUAGAAACGCUUUUGGUUCAGGAAAAUGCCAAGCCUGAAGAACGCCUUGCAAAUUUUUUUGAAAAAGAGCUAGAGAAAGCAUAUGAAACAGGCUGUGAUAAAGCGUUGUCAGAAUCUAUUCUGAAAUUGGCCGCCCUGUUUAUUUUAAUGAAAGAAACUGCCAGCAGAAAACUGAAUGGUCAUUUGCUACAUAUUCUUGUUUUUAUACCGUUGAAGCAUUUCUCGGCCUCGACAAUGCGCCUUUGCGUAGUUAUGUGGAAUUGGAUUCUUGUUUCUCGAGAUGAUAUUCAGCUUGAAUUUCUUCGUGAAAUGGCAGCAUGUUGGACAAAUGUAGCUCUGAAUCAGUUAGGAAUUUUUCAGUGUGAUCAAAAACACAUAUCUCCUUUGACUUUACAGUAUCCCUUAACUUCAAAACAGUUGUCGCUUCUUCCUCAUAGUAUUUGGAUUGAUUUUUUAGCCGAGAGAGUGGAUAUCGCAAAAUAUUCUAACAGGGAACAAUUGGACAUUUUUGAGUUGAUGUUUGCUCAGACUCUUCCAUUGAGUGUGGGUCCUUCAAAAGCUGACACCAAUUCAUCGUUAUAUAUUUUUUCUGACUUGACGCUCUCUAGAGUGAAUUUAACCCAUGUGGCAAUGACGAGGAAUGUUGAGUCAGUGGGGUUAAGAUGCCGGCUUCUUAAUUGCGUACUUUCCAUGAUACAACGUGAUUCGAUAUCAGUUUGCAUUUCAAAGAAUAUUUUGCGACAACGUGUCUAUUAUUCUAUGCUAGAUUACUUCUCUGUUGCCGCUCAAACUCCAACACAGAAUACAACACAUUUAAAAAAUGAUGUGCGGUGGAUGAUAACAUUUUGGAAUACCCUUUUUUCUGAUGUCAAAUAUAUUAGAAAAGAGAUAUUUGCUAACAUUGAUACGGAGCUUAACUUGGAAUCACUUCAACAAAUUUUAAACGACAAUUACAAGUCGAGUUCACGCAAUAACCGAGCUGAUACGCAAGCUCGUAAUGCAUUAUCAAGCUGCAGUUCAAAUUGGGUAACACUUGUAGCUGCACAAGGUAAAGCUGAUUUGUUGAAGAAGAAUGAUCUCACUACUGAUCCUAACUGUUCUAAUUCAAGUAAACAUGCGGAACAGCAAAUGAAGUUAUACAAUCGCCAUCGAAAUUUGUUACUUAUAUUUAUUGCAAAUGAAAUUGAAAGACUUAGUGCCUGGUUGAAUCCGCUUGGUGAAGCAUUGAGUGCAGAAGAAUUAAACAUCGAACAAUGGCGGAAAUCGACAUUUCCUGACAUAAGAACUGAGACCAAGCUCUUGCGCGAAAAUGUAAAAAUCGCAUGGCAAAUUUCUCCUGCAUUGGCUGUGUACAUGCCAUCAAGGGAAGUAAUGUUUCGUACAUGCCCUGCUUGUCAACACACUGUGCAGGAAUUGCUCAUUAGCUCACCUGAAUUAGUAUCUGAUUUGCCCGAAGCUCUUCCUUUGAUGUUAGGUGAAGGAGAGAUUUUAGAAGAAAAAACAGAAGAUCUUAAAACAUUGAGUCAUGUUUUAACAUGGUCAGAAUGCGAUCCAGUAAUGGCUCUAUCAUUACUGGGAGCUCGACAGUAUCCAACUCACCCAAUCACAGUACAAUAUGCUGUUCGUGUUUUGAGGUCAUAUCCUCCAGACGUGCUUAUGCUGUAUAUUCCACAACUUGUUCAAGCUGUACGUCAUGACAGGAUGGGAUAUGUUGCUGAGCUCAUCAUGUGGUUAGCUAAUCACUCACAACUCUUGGCUCAUCAGUUAUUGUGGAAUAUGCAAGCAAAUAUGUACAGGGACGAAGAAUCAAAAGAAAAGGAUCCUGAUUUGCAUGGACCAUUGAGUGACUUGAUCAACAAAAUAGUAUCCAGUUUGGAAGGUGCUGCGAAAAGAUUUUACAAUAGCGAGUUUGAUUUUUUCAAACGUAUAAUUGAUGUGUCUGGAAAAAUAAGACCAUUCCCGAAGGGCGAAGCUAGGAAGAAAGCUUGUUUAAAUGCGCUUGCUGAAAUACGCUUGGAGACAGUCACUUAUCUGCCGUACAAUCCAGAAGCAGUAAUUCUUGAAAUUGAUUACAAAAGUGGAAAUCCAAUGCAAAGUGCUGCAAAGGCACCUUUCUUAGCGCGAUUUAAAGUUCGUCAUUGUGGUAUUCAAAAACUGGAACGUUUAGGGAUCGCUGUACACCAGCAGAAGUAUGCUCCAGAAACAAAUUUGGGAUUUUUUGCUGAACUCGAAGAUUGCCAUGUUUCUUGGCAAGCAGCUAUUUUCAAAGUUGGUGACGAUGUACGCCAAGAUAUGUUAGCUCUUCAGUUGAUGCAUUUGAUGCGCAAUAUUUUUGAUUCUGUUGGACUAGACGUUCGUUUGUUCCCGUACAGAGUGGUGGCUACUUCGCCUGGUUGUGGAGUGAUUGAGUGUGUUCCGAAUUCAAAGUCAAGAGAUCAAUUAGGACGGCAAACAGAUUUCGGUUUAUAUGAAUACUUUUUGACAACUUAUGGUGAUGAAAACACAGAAAGUUUACAAGUUGCAAGAAGAAAUUUCAUUCGUAGCAUGGCAGCAUAUAGUUUGUUCAGCUUCUUGCUACAAAUCAAAGAUCGACAUAAUGGAAACAUUAUGAUUGACAGUGAUGGCCAUAUCGUUCAUAUCGAUUUCGGUUUCAUGUUUGAAAGCAGUCCUGGAGGCAAUCUUGGAUUUGAACCAGAUUUCAAACUUUCUCAAGAAAUGGUUGCCAUUAUGGGCGGAAAAAUGGAAGCUCCAAGUUUUCGACUGUUUGCCUCUCUGUGUGUGCAGGCAUAUUUAGCAGUCCGACCAUACUACAAAGCAUGUAAUUUUCAUUCUAAAGCGUUCAUCGCAUUGGUAUCUUUAAUGCUGGACACACAUCUGCCAUGCUUUCGUGGUAAAACUAUACAACAGUUUCGAGAUCGAUUUGCUCCACAAAUGUCAGACCGUGAUGCUGCGAAGUAUAUGAUGAGCAUAAUAAGAAAUUGUUUCUUAAAUGUGCGGAGCAAAAUGUAUGACCAACUACAGUAUAUACAAAAUGAAAUACCCUAUUAA